UUGCGAGUCGGCAAGUUUAUAGUGAUGCAGUCAGAAAAGCUGGUGUUUAUUACCGACGGUAUGGACAAAAGAAUCGUUUUGAUGACUUUAUUGACAAUAGGGCAUUCUUUUGCUGCAUCCACUUGCACAGAUCGCAGAUGUUUGGCGAACAUGCUAAUAGAUAGAGGUUUAUUGUCUCAGCCUCAGGAUGAAAACUGCACCCUACCCGUUUUUGUGCCAUUCAUUGAAUAUCAAACUCUGAAAGUUGACACCAAGAAUCUCCGCCUGAUUAGUCGUCUGAUUGCCCAAAUUAGGUGGAGGGAUACCGCACUGGCCUGGAACACAUCGGUUUACCAGUAUGACCAUGUUAUUCUACCAGUGGGAGCAGUCUGGACCCCAGAAAUUAAAGUAACAAAUGGAUUACUGACGACCAUGAAGCACUGCUCAAAUGAUUUGCUGGUAAAGAGUGAUGGAACAGUCAUGCACAGUGUGAUCAUAAAUGCCCAGGUCAACUGUGAAGUCAACCUGUUCAACUAUCCAUUCGCUUCUGAUGAAUGUCCUGUUGCGAUUCAAACUUAUUCAAUCGACGAUUGUGGAACCAGUUUGGUCAUGGGCGAAAUCAAGAUGGUUGAUGGUUCCCAUGGAGACUGGAAAACAGACUUUGCAGUGCUGCAGAAACAAAGAGAUGACCGUAAUUUCAUCUUGGUGGGACUGAGCAUCAAACAUUCAAAUCCUUUCAUAACAUUGAUGCUGCCCAGUCUUCUGAUCAUCGUGGCCGAUGUGGUCAGCUUUGCCAUGCCACUGAAAGGCGGUGAACGCAACACGUUCAAAAUCACGCUGGUGCUGAGCUUCACCAUGUUCAUCAACAUCCUCAACAACGAACUCCCCGGAGAUGGCCAAUGCAGCCCUGUCAUCCGGAUCCACUUCUGUGUCUGUCUGAUUCUCUUGGUGUUAAGCAUGCUGGUGUCAAUGGUUCUGACACGAGUGGCCCAGGACGGCUGGCCCAGUUUUUCCUGCUGUUCCAAAUCGUCUGCCCCCACAAACACAGAAACCAAGAAAGAGAAAGAGGAUAAAGCAGAGACCAAUGCUGACAUCAGUGUCGUCCAGCUGGACACAUCCGAGGAUUCUCAGAUGCUCAGGAAGGUGGUUACUUUUCUCGAAGCUCUUACUGCCAAGGAAGUUGAAAGUGAGAGGCAUGAGAGGUUUGCAGACAAACUGGACAAGAUCUUUUUCUGGUUCUAUUUCAUUUUUGGCGGUUCUUAUGUUUGCGUCAUGAUCGGGGUAAUGGCAAAGUAUAAGUGCGCUGUCAAUCACUUUGAUUUCUGGUACUAAUAGUUUUGAAGUGUGUGACUGCUCAUGUUAUUGUAGCAUCUUUUAUUUAUUUUUUCUACCUUUUCCUGUUCAGCAUUGUGGCAGCAGAACUGAAAUCUGGGUAUCAUGCUUAACACAUUUGCUUUGCCAAGUGAGGCUUUAUUGGUAAAAAAAAACCCUUGUUUAUCAGAUGCUGCUUUAUUUAUAUAUUUUAGUUGCAAAAGUUUACAUAUAUUCAAUAAUGUAGCAUCUUUUUAUUAAAAACUUACCUUAAUUAGGCUGAGCAGCUUCCAGUUGAACUGAAGAGGGAUUUACCACUGAAGCAUUGGCUAAAUCUUCACCAUGCCAUGCAAGACUGCACUUAUUCUUAUUUGUUUUGCAUGUCCAGUAAGCAUGGAUGAGGAAACAAAUAACAAAUAAAAAAA